AUGGGGCGGAUCAGAGCGCUGUUCAAGCGCCACCGGAGGAGGAGCAAGGGGGGAGACGGCGCCGAGUCGGCGGCGACGUCGCCGACGGCGGCGGCGGAGCAGCGGGCUUCGACGAGCAGAAACCCGGAGGAGGAGCUGCAGCAGGUGUUCGACAAGUUCGACUCCAACGGCGACGGCAAGAUCUCCGCGGCGGAGCUGGAGGCGAUCCUCCGCAGCCUCAGCAGCCACCCGCCAUCGCCGGAGGAGCUCGCCCACAUGAUGGCCGAGGCCGACGGCGACGGCGACGGCUUCAUCAGCUACGCCGAGUUCGUGGAGCUCAACACCUCCGGGGUCGGCCCCGUCGACGCCAUGGAAGACCUUCGCCAAGCCUUCUCCAUCUUCGAUCUCGAUCGGAACGGCGCCAUCUCCGCCGACGAGCUCGCCAGAGUUCUCCGUGGUCUCGGAGAGCGGGCCUCCGUCGCGCAGUGCCGCCGAAUGAUCGACGGCGUCGACCGCGACGGCGACGGGCUCGUCAGCUUCGAGGAGUUCAAGGUGAUGAUGGCCGGCUCCGCCUUCGCCGGCAGCGCCACCGCCGCCCCGCCUCCGCCGACUCAGAUCGACGACUGA